GUUGUUUAGUGUGACCCUCAAGAUUUAGUGGUUUGAUGCCUCGUCACCGAUAGAAUGCACGAAAGGAUAGCUAAAAGGAAAAUAUCUCUCUCUAUGGCCUGGUAACAAACAAGACUGAACAGAACCCUGGAACAUGCAUGAACAGCUGCACGAUGACAAAGAAAUUUCUUCGGUAGUCAAGCGAAAGGUCCGAGUGAAAGGUAUUACCCAAAUAGCAUCAGAAGAUGCCAUUCUGUAUUAUUUUGAGAACAGAAGGCGUUCUGGUGGCGGGGAUAUCAAAUACAUUGACUUUAACUAUGAGGAGGAUACAGCUGAAAUCAUUUUCGAAAAUUUAGAAGAUGCUAUAGCGGUUACCAAAAGGGAUCAUAUAAUUAACGGCAAAAAUAUUGACGUUACACUAUGUGCUGUUCCUCAGAAACGACCUUUGUAUGAAGAUAAAGUUCUCAUUAACGGGUUGACGGAAGAAAUAUCUGACGAAUGCCUUAUAUAUUUUCUUGAUGCACAAGCUGGAAUAAAGACGAAAUCUCUUGCAUACCACAAAGAGAGAGAUAAUGCUGUGUUACUGACCGCAUACACUCAGAUAGAUUUUGCUAAACUGAAGGAUGGAAACCAGAAGUUUAUUCUUGAAAGGGCUACACUAGAAUUUUUGCAGGUGGAAGUAUCUAAUUGCAUUUAUGUGGAGAAUUUACAAACAGACGUGUCUGAAGAUGUUGUGGAGAUCUAUUUUGACAACACGAAACGGAGCAAUGGGGGGCCUGUCCGGAAUGUUGAAAUGUCUACUGACCACCAGUCAUGUCUUGUUUAUUUUGAGGAUUACUCUGUUGUAGAUAAUGUUUUGGAAAAGAAGCAUCUAUUAAGCGGCCAGACUUUGGAAGUACGGAAAUACUUUGAAUGUGUAGAUCUGCCGGAAGAAAGAAGCAUUACUUUACCACCGCCGAUGGUCAUUCGAAAGGUGAAUAUAGAUAAAUUGAAAUUCAUACAGAAGACAGACGCCUACAAAACAAAGCUCGAAAACAAAUUAGAUAUUUGCCAUGCAAAGAUUGAUUGGUCAGAACUUGAUCGAGGAGGAAAUGUUUUGAAAAUAAAUUGUACGGCUGCCCCGGAAAAUGUGAUCUCAAACAGACUUCAAAGAAAAUGGCGAAAAAGAACAAAGCAGACAGUAGAAAAGGUAAUGCAUAAAGUCGGUAUAUACCAAAAACAGCUGAAAAGCGAAGAAGCUGAAGCGUGUUUGGAAACUUUACGAAGUAUCAUUUGUAGUACAGAAGAUAUAAAGUGCGAUUAUGACGAGGAGAAAAAGAUUGUUACAGUUAUUGGUAAUUCAUCUAUUGUCAAUCUAGCAUCAAAAUUCAUUGAUGUAACAAUUAUUGCCCAUGAACCAGAAACUAAAUUCACAAAACUUAGAGUUAUAUUCUCUAGUCAAGCAGAGAUAAGUAUGAUUCAAAAGCUAGAGGAAUUUACUGAACUGAAGAUGGAUUUUCCAAACGUGAAAAUUAAAAUUAGUUCGAAUGACUGUGCUGUCGAACUGGAGGGCAGUGCAAAUGAAGUAAACGGAGCUAAGAUGAUUUUAUGUGAUUUGAAAAAUACAUUGAUCACAGCAUUUAGCGAUAUUUUACCAAGGUUGUCAGUGCAGCAGUAUACAUUGCCACAAACAGUUGAUUUUAUAUCCGAGAGACUGAAGAGAAAAAACUUAAUAGCAUGCUGGUGUGUGAGUGAAGAAAGACUAAUUAUUUGUUGCCCGUUCAAAGAUGUGCUUGACAAGACAGUAAAUACUAUUAAGUCGGCCGUAGUUCAAAAUGAUAUUUUGAUAAGCCCCGAAUCAGACUCAUUAAUAGUAAGAGAUAUUUGGCCAGGGAAAGUAGAGGAAUGGAAUAAGCUGUAUCAAGGAAGAGUAAUUGUUUCAUUUAAUGAUUCUGAAAGCGGGUCACCCAAAAUAGACAUAUGUGCUACUGCAGACUUAGCGCCAAAACUGUUCGAUGAAAUCGCCGGAAUUCUCCCUACAAAGUCAGAAAAGAAGAAAGAACCAGACUACAGCUUAGGGUCUGAGGAAGAUUCUGAGGCUAAAACGACCACAGUUUUAGUGUCUAAUCUACCUUCUGAUGCGACGGAGGAGCUUGUUAAACAUUUGUUUGAAGACAGAUCACAUGACACGGAAAACGUUGUGGAGGUCAAAGUUAACUCAAACAAUAACAAGGCUAAAGUGAAAUUCAAGGAUAACCAUUGUACAGAAUAUGUUUUAAGAAGGGAACAUACACUAUGCGGGAAAAAAAUGAAAGUUGAGCGAUACCAUGUAUUUACAGAUAUGACUGUUGGAAUUUCUGGUUUACAAAGUCCAGUAGUUAUAAACGAUAUUGAUAUAUUGAAGAUAAAGUUUCUAAAGGGCUCCAAACAGUGUUCCAGCGAGAUUGGAAGACAGCUCUCUGAUUGUCAUGUUAAAAUGAGCCUGCCAGAAGAAAACAACACAAUAGUACUUGAAUGCACAUUUGCCGAGGCAGAUGAAGGCGGCAUACAGUUGAUAACAGAUUGGGAAGAACGUGUCAGGAGACUAUUUGUAGAAUACUUAGGAUCGCUUUCUUGCAUGACAAUAGAAGUUGGAGAAGAUAUUUGGGAUAGCGUUUUAGAACGCAUUAAAUUGUAUCUUGAUCCUGAAAAAGUAUACGUGUCUGCUUUUUGA